AUGGGAGAUCAGGAGUCUUCUUCCACCCUCCCACCCACUUCUUCCACGCUCGUCGGACCGCCCACCGAGCUCGCCCUUCCGACGACCCUCAAGUUCAUCAUCUCGAAUAUCAAGAACUUGAUUUCAAACACCCUCACCGCGGACAACUAUGCCAUCUGGCGUACCCAGAUCUUCCAACAUCUCUCCGCCAACGGAUACGCUGAUCAUCUCACGGGCAAAACGCUCCCACCAUUGGAUCCGGCGUCCUCCGCUCACGCUCAAUGGCGUCUCGUCGACAACAAUCUUAUCUCUGCGCUAUUCUCUACAAUUUCUCCGGCCAUUCUCCCAUAUAUAAUCACAUCUGCCACGGCGCACGAAAUCUGGGCGGUUCUUGAAUGCUGGCUGCAGUCGUCCAGUAGAUCGCGCAUCAUCCAACUCAAGAACGAGUUGCAUCACAUCCAAAUGAACAAUCAAACGAUGCAGCAAUAUCUUGCUCAAGUCAAGAACAUUAUCGACAACAUUGCGGCAUCUGGCACAAAGAUCGAUCCCAAAGAAAUAAUAUUUUACAUCCUAAAUGGCCUUCCAGCCACUUACAAUUCUUUCAAAACUUACAUACGCUCCUCCUCUCUUCCAGCUGAUCUAGACGCCUCCUACUCUCUUCUCUGUAGUGAGGAAAUACACAUUAAUCAGGACAUCAAGAAAGAUCAGCUUGCCACUACGACAGCCUACUAUGCCACCUCUUAUAAUCAGAUGCGGAACAAAAACACCAAGCGCCCCAACAAAUUCUGA